AUGAAGAGGAAGGAUAAGCUCAUCAAGUUUUGUGGAGACAACAACAUGAACCUCGAUGGUUCCAAGCGCCUUUUCCGCGAUGAAAUCGUCAGGAAGACCGAAGACCAGGAUACGAUUGCGGCGGCUUGCUACUACAACACCUUUGUGUUGCACAAUAUCAAGAACGGAAGGACCGAAUUGGCCCUCAAGACGGCCCAGAAGGUCCAGGACACCUUGUGCCGCAAGUACGAUUAG